CCGCUAUGCGGAACCUCUUUCAGUGUUGUUUUUCUAUCCGGACACUUUAAACUGUAGAACUGUCACACAUUAUAGACUCACGGAGUCUCUGCUGAACUCGAAUGUAUAUAACUUGUGUGAAGUAAAUGCUGUUAAUAUCUUACAGUGGAUGCAGUUUUGUAAUAUAUAACGUUGUUUAACAGAGGUUUUUUAUUAUUAUUAUCUGGGGUUAGUGUCCUUCACUUUUUCUCGCAAUGCGACUCACCUUGCGGGCGUUUAUUUCCCAUGGCCGGGUGGCCCGUCGGAUGGGUCUCGGACCUGAGUCCAGAAUUAACAUGCUUCGGAAUAUUCUCACAGGUCUGGUCAGACACGAGAGAAUAGAAACACCUAAAGCCCGAGCCGAUGAGGUUCGCUUCUACGCUGAAAAGUUGAUUGAUUAUGCCAAAAAGGGGGAUACUAAUGAAAAGUCAAUGAAAAUGGCUGAUUUCUGGCUCACGGAAAAAGAUCUGAUCCCAAAACUUUUUAAAGUUCUUGCGCCAAGAUUCGAAAACCAGACGAGCUACACACGCAUGGCCCGCAUUCCCAACAGAGAGAAUCUGGAUCGAGCUCAUAUGGCUGUACUGGAGUAUAAGGGCAACCCUUUUCCUCCUCUGUACCCCGUCAAACGUGUCUGUGAACUCAACUUAUUAAACCAACUUCUGAAAGGAUACAGAGAAGAAAAGGAUCAAAUGCUCCUUAAGAAAAAGGACUUAUAAUCUUUAUGCGCUGUAUUUGUAUUAUAUUCCUGUAAUAAACCAGUACCUGUCAUCAAAAUAAUUAAAUUCAGUUAUGUUCAAAAAAUGUGUUCAUGGUUCUUCAAGUCCAACUUUCCUGUCCCCAGAAUUAUUUUUUUAGCGUACCCUCAUUAACAUCUACAGCUGCAUGUCAUUGCUACAGCAUCUGGAUGCAAAGAGCAUCUGUCUCCAUUGAUAGCCAUUUAAAAUAUCUGUAUUUUUAACAAAUGUAUUUGUAUGCAUGCAGCCUUGAAAUUCUAUCAUUCUGUUAUAGUGUAAAUAUUUAACCAUGUUUCAUGUCUGAGUCGCAGAUCCAAAGAAUUAUAAAGGAAAGGCAUAGGAC